AUCGCCCAAGUCUCAAAGCAGACAAGAUACGUUUGGCGAGGGAAAUAUGAACCAUGUGUACAGUAUUUAACUUUCUGUGUAAGUGAUUCAUUUUUACUGGCUGUAGUUAUAUGUUGUGUCAAAUAUUUAAAGACAGCACACGUGCGAGUUCUUUGGAGGUCUCUUGGCUUGAAAUUGUUUAUUAGGUAAUAAACAUACUCAACGCCAUGUUUUUAUUAAAUCCAUUGCAACUUCAGGAAACUUACGCAAUGCCGAGAGACUGGGAGAGAUAGCCCAUCCAUGCAAAAUCCCUUAUGUGGAAAAGGUGAAUUGCAUUUGUAUUCUGGGCUGGAGGAUUCCUUUCGAGGUCUGCUUUCCGUGCAGUUGCAAUGAUAGUCUGCUAACGCUACGUGUCACCCAUUGCAACACACGGCUUCAUGGGAAACAUAGUCCAUAUCCUGAAUAAUUCAACAUUGUUCCCUGCCCCGUGAACAAGAUGCCGGCCGUCCACAAAUUGCUUCUGGAGGAGGCUCUGCAGGACAGUCCGCAGACUCGUUCUUUGCUCAGUGUGUUUGAAGAGGAUGCUGGGACGCUCACAGAUUACACCAAUCAGCUGCUGCAGUCCAUGCAGAGGGUGUAUGGAGCCCAGAACGAGAUGGGCCUGGCCACAGAGCAGCUCUCCAAGCAGCUACUGGAGUAUGAGAAGCAGAAUUUUGCCCUGGGGAAGGGCGACGAGGAGGUCAUCAGCGUGCUUCAGCAUUUCGCUAAAGUCGUAGAAGAGCUGAACUCCCUCCACGCUGAGCUGGCCACUCAGAUGGCAGAGAAGAUGGUCUUUCCCUUGAUCCAGUUCAGAGAGAAGGAUCUCACAGAAAUAAGCACUUUGAAAGAGAUUUUCGGCAUUGCCACUGAUGAGCAUGAGGUGUCCAUGGUGAAGUACAGCAGGCUUCCGAAGAAGAGGGAAAAUGAAAAGGUGAAGGCAGAGGUUGUUGCAGAGGUGGCGUAUUCACGGAGGAAGCAGCACCAGGCCUCCCUGCAGUACUACUGUGCCCUGAACGCGCUACAGUUCCGCAAGCGGGUGGCCAUGCUGGACCCUCUGCUGGGCUACACGCAGGCCCAGAUGAACUUCUUCAGAAAAGGCAUGGACGUCGUCUCCAAGAAGAUGGACAGUUUCCUCAUGUCAGUCUCUAACAUGACACAGAGCAUUCAGGCCCAGCUGGACUCGGAGGCGGAAUCUAUGCGUAUGUCUCAGAGGGACCUGCUCUCCGUAGACGACACGGUCUACAUGCCCGACCGCGACCGUGAACCCGUAAACCGCACCCUCAUCCAGAAAGCCGGCUACCUCAACAUCAGGAACAAAACAGGCCUAGUGACCACAGCCUGGGACCGGCUCUAUUUCUUCACCCAGGGAGGUAACCUUAUGUGCCAGCCGCGAGGCGCUGUGGCGGGGGGUAUGGUUCUGGACCUGGAUAACAGCUCCGUGAUGGCGGUGGAAUGCGAGGACAGGCGUUACUGUUUCCAGAUCACCUCCCCGACUGGAAAAACGUCUCUAACCUUGCAAGCAGAAAGCAAAAAAGAAUAUGAAGAGUGGAUCUGCAGCCUGAACAACAUCUCCCGGCAGAUCUACCUGACAGACAACCCCGAGGCAGUGGCCAUCAGGCUGAACCAGACGGCUAUCCAGGCGGUCACUCCCAUCACCAGUUUCGAGAAGAAGCAUGAGGGGUCACCCAACCGUGAAAGAGCCAAGGCUGGCUCCACGCAGCCGUCCAGCGAGGCCCAGCAGAGGGAGCCCAAAGCCCCAGAGCCAGAAGAGUUGAUCGCUCCUGGGACACCCAUACAGUUUGACAUCAUGCUGCCCGCUUCAGAGUUCCUGGACCAGAACCGGGCUGGUGGGAGACGUACAAACCCAUUUGGGGAGACUGAGGAGGAUAGUGUCACAGAUGGAGAGUCGGCUGACUCACUGCUGCAGCAGGUGUUCGCUGUGCGAUUCCUGGGCUCCAUGGCUGUACGUUCUGGACACAGCCCCGAGGUCAUCUACGAGGCCAUGAGGCAGGUCUUGGCUGCUCGCGCCAUCCAUAACAUCUUCCGGACUGCCGAGUCGCACCUCAUGGUCACCAGCGGUUCCCUCAGGCUGAUUGACCCUCAAACACAAGUUACUAAGAUAAGUUUCCAGCUGCAGGACGUGACCCAGUUUGCAGCCCACCAGGAGAACAGCCGGCUGGUGGGAUUCGUGGUGGAGAGCCAGGACUGGGCUGAGGGAGGCGAGGAGGGUGAAGCCUCCUACAGUGCCUUUGUGUUCGAGAGCAACACGGAAGGAGAGAAGAUAUGUUAUACUAUCAGUCUAGGCAAGGAGAUCAUCGAGGCCAAAAAGGACCCCGAGGCCCUGGCUCGACUGCUAAAGUCCAUGCCCCUGACAAGCGACGGGAAGUUCCUGCUGCUGGAGGGCGAGGUGGGCGGCGCGGAGAACGGUGCGGGCCCAGACGGGCUGGAGUCCGAGGCCUAGCCAGAAAGCGGCGACGGCGGGUGCCUGGAUCUCUACCCCAGAACUUUUGUACAGCCCAUCAUUCUCUACACGUCCCUCACGUGGGUCUUUAGGGAGAAGCUUUCUCACACAGGGACGGCGUGUCGGGACCGUUAACAUAGCAGUUCUCCUGGUGGAAGUUACGGAAGGCUUUUAGCGCAGAGUUUGUGUUGCGGCUGAUCUGUGACGCCCCUGUAAUCAGUAGGUGGACUUUUCCAUGUGACUUUAAGGUAAAGGGCUCAUCUUGAGCCAAAAUCCUGACCCCGCCCACAGGUAGAGGAAAACCCGCUCUCACUUCUGCACUCAGCACCCCACUGCAUUUUUCUUUCCUUCUGCAUCUCUACAAAAAGUUGCACUUUAAAGGGGGGGGGGAGGGGGUUCAAACAGACGGCAGGUUUUCUUUUCGUUAAUCCAUGCAGAUUUGCGGUAAUCCUCUGUCGAAGACAGACUGACCUUAACCCCGUAUUUAAAUUAGUGGUCUUUUAAUCAGGAGCCAGAUGGGGAAAUCCUCUGAAAGUUGGCUUUGGCUGAAUGAACCCACAGGGGUGAAUUCCACCGGGCCAAGAUUGUAUUAUAUUUUGGGGGAAAAAAUAACCUGAUUUCACGUGGGAGACGUUUUGAGUUUUUUUUUUUUUUUUUUUUGACAAGCCUUGAAAAGAGAUCCCACAGAGAAGUUUGAAGGUAAAACCUAACCCAAGGCAUUUCUGUCAGCUGUACUGUCAGUGCUGAGGUUUUAAUAUCUGCUUCGAAUUGCAACGAUCUGACGGAAGAGCAACGUUAACGAUGUCGAGCACGUCCCUGAGGUUUGAUGCUGGAAUGUCGCUAUAUCAAAGGUAAAAUGGGGCUUCAGUAACUAUGGCUCAGACGAAUGCUUACAGCAAUGCAGAUAAAAUAAUGACAUCGUGUCUGGGAAGGAUAGAGUGCCCAAGCCAUCUAACAUCUUUGAGGGGCUGUAUCAGCUGUGAUAACACCUGCGGCCACUUGAUGGCACUGUUGUGCAAACGGUGCACUUGACUCACAAUCGGGCCUCUGUCUUUUGAGCCAUGACAUGAUAACGAGUGUAUUUUGCUUGCAUUAAGGUGCACCUGAUUGUGACCGGUGAAGUAUCAUGUUUACAGUGCAUGCAUGCGGUUGUGAGAUUUGUCUGUUUGCAUUUAAUUCAAUACCAGCCAUUAAGAAAACCGAUAUCUAUUUACAUUAUGUAAUAUACGCCUAGUCUAACAAUCAGAAUCUGUUGCUCAUUGCAUUCUUUGAGUUGCAUAAGAAUGAGGUCAGAAAAACAGCAAAGUUGCACACUAAUUGAAAGACACAUUUGCCUUUAAUUGUUGUAGACUCUCCUAAAGGUCCUUGCAUAAUGCUCCUUGCCGAUCUUGUUUUUUUUUUGGCUACCUAACGGUUAUUUUGGCUUCUGAAAGGCUGUUGUCACAGAUUAUUCAUUUCGUCUAAUGCUGUUAGUAUUCAUAGAAUGAAGGAAUGGGAGGUGUGGAGCUUUAUCAUUGUUUACAUGUCAAACUGUGGAAGGAGUCCUUUCAUCAGUGGGAUGCAGUCUCCAUUAAUGUCAAUUGUCCUUUUCCCCAUAACGCCUCCUGAUUCAACUGCCGUGCUCUUCACUGAUUGGCAAAUGCUUUUUAUAAUUUUUUCGUGCAUCUAAAUUUUUUUCAGGACUACAGCCAAUUAAGAUGCCCAUGUAUCCACUUCUUGUAAGGCAUUUAACAUACUUUGGCCUAAUAUUUCAUAAAUCCUUCUUAUUCCUGACCUUUAAUAAAAUUAAACGCCUUUUCUUUUGUA